AUGAGCCAGACACAUUUUUUGUGUUGCAAAGGAACAACAUCAACCCCUGGUGGGGGCGCCCUCCUCCAGGACAAGCACAAGUCAGUUCUGGCAGGCAUGAGUAGUGCCGUUCACCAAAUCUUCAUAACCAGUGACCCAAACAUUCCAUACUUCCUUCGGGUGGACUGGUCAGGUGACCUUGGUGCUGGGUUUACACUUUUUUUGACCAAUGGCAGUGCUGCCUGGACUGGAGAAGUUUCAGAAGAAGAGGUCACAAAAGGAGCGAGUGACACUGGAAUCUGCAGAAAGGAAUAUGUCGAAGAGCUGCAUAAAACUUUAAUUCGAGAUAUGAAAGGAAGCGGGCAUUCAGAAAGGAGCAAGUAUUCAUUCCAACUCUCUUCAGAUCUGCUAACAUAUCAAAAGACAUCUGACAAUGCCUUGGUAAAGUUGGGAUCUGUGGAGCUCCAGCCAGCACCAGACCCCCUGGAGCUAAAUCGCGAGAUGAUAAGCCAAUCCCUUAACCGUAACUUGGAUCUGGAGGCAAAAAACUCUAAGCUUUUGGCAGAGGAUUCUGAACUCCAAAAAGAGCACAGGCAGAUUCUUAAAGAGCUGAAAAUACAUGUCAAAAAUAAGAAUCUUCUGGAAAAGAAAAUGUAUUCCAAUUUUAUGAUGAUUCUCAAUGACAAAAAGUCCAAGAUCAGGGAGCUGCAGGAGACUGUCCGCAGCUUGCAACAGACCAGUGACCAUCCCAAAGCCAAAGUGAGGAAACAAAGGCUCUGUACUGAGGAGGAGAGCAGCCUGGACACAAGCCACUUUCAAGAUCCAACCAUUCCUAUUACAGAUCAUAAUCAGGCAUGCCAUGGGAUCUCUGUUGACCAGAGUUUUUCUUCCUCUCAAGAAAGUCCAGAACCAGAUGCACAGGCCUGA